AUGGAAUGCCCCAUCCACUACUACAAGUACUAUCGAGAUAGAGCUGUCUACGAACAGGUAACUCUCACACUACACUGGGUUCUCGUCCUAUUACAACUCUAUUUUCUUCCUUCGAUGCAGACCAGGUUGCUGUUCUUCGCUGUUUCUCAGCUCACAGGAGGAUUUCUGCUCGCUCACGUUGUCACCUACAACCACUAUUCCGUGAACAAGUUCCCAUAUACCUCCAAAAUCAUGUCCAAUUACGCUUGUCUUCAAGUGAACACGACAAGAAAUAUGCGACCUGGUAUAUUCAUUGACUGGCUAUGGGGCGGACUCAACUACCAGAUAGAGCACCACCUCUUCCCAACGAUGCCUCGUCAUAACCUCAGCAAGGUGAUGCCCAUGGUGAAACAAUUCUGCGCUGAAAACGACUUACCGUACAUGGUAGACGAUUACUUAACAGGUUGGAAGAUGGAGAUCCAGCAAUUCGCCAAUGUCGCCAGAAUUGCAUCGAAAAUGAAGAGCAAAAUCCUGUAG